GCCACCCGCCUUUCUUUCUCUAGCCGCCAUUUUAGUAGAUCUGCCGGCAAGUGGAUUUCUUUCUUUAGGAUUUCUUUUUUGCGAUUGAUAGUAACCAAGGGUUAGUCAUGGCACAGUAUAUUCAGGUAGUAGAAGAUGAAAGCGACGAGUCUAUUGAAAUCCCAAGUGAAAAUGACGGCACUUUACUCCUCACAACUCUAAGUGCACAGUUCCCAGGAGCAUGCGGCUUGAAAUACAGAAAUCCUGACACAGGAGCGUUUCGGGGAAUCCGGCUUCUUGAUGGCGUCCUCCACCCCCCUGAUGGUCUGUGGGGAAAUUUCCAGUACCUUGCUGUAUUCCCUAAAGUAGAAAACAAAAGAAAAGGAGAAGAUGGCUUUGAUAAUCCAGCUGCAAAAACAAAACGCUUGGAUCAACAGAAGUGCUCUGACCUCAUUGUUCUUGGUCUGCCAUGGAAGAGCACUGAGGAUGACCUGCAAAAAUAUUUCUCCCAGUUUGGAGAACUGUUGCUGGUUCAGGUUAAGAGGGACAUCAAAACAGGUCAGUCAAAGGGCUUUGGAUUUAUCCGCUUCACCGCCUAUGAAUCUCAAGUAAAAUGCUGCGCUCAGCGCCACAUGAUUGAUGGCAGGUGGUGCGAUGUGACCAUCCCAAAUUCUAAGCAAUCCAGUUCCGGGCAUGCAAGGGGAGGAGGAGCAGGCUAUGACUUCUCACCUUAUACACACGGGUCUCAGGGCUCCUAUCAGUUUGGUGCUGGUUAUGAUGAGGAUGGUUACGCGCAGGAAGGAAACAACCAGAUGAUGAACCGCAAGGUUUUCAUUGGACGCGUCACUGAAGACAUCAGUGCUGAUGACCUGCGUGGCUACUUCUGCAAGUUUGGUGAGGUUGUGGAUGUGUUUAUCCCCAAGCCCUACAGAGCCUUUGCAUUUGUCACUUUUGCUGAUGCUGAGACUGCCCAGAACCUCUGUGGAGAAGACCACAUCAUCAAAGGUGCCAGUGUCCAUGUGAGCAGCGCUGCCCCAAAAUCUUUUGAUAAGGGAGCUGAACGUAAAGGUUUUGGACAGGCUGGUUAUGGCCAGGGAGGCUGGAAUCAGAGACAAGGUGGCCCAGGACCAGUUGGUGGCAAAGUGGCGAAUGGAGCUGAAGGAGGAAUGGCCAACAAUCUUGGUAUGAACUUGCUGAACUCUGCCAUGUUGGCUGCAGCUCAGGCCAUGCUCCAGAACCAGGGUGGCUGGGGAGGCAUGAACCAGGGGCCUAGUCAGGGAGGUACCGGUGGUAACAUGGGAGGGGGAGACCAUCAGGCUCCACCUCCCAUGGCCCUGCCCUCCAACCAGGGUGGGUUUGGCCAGAGCAUGGGCGGAGGCAGUGGAGGCGGUGGCGGUGGCUCCGGGGGCAACUGGUGGGGCAGUGAAGGCAGCACUACCUCUGGUGGUCACUAUGGUGGCUGGGGGGGCUCCCACGGCGGCCGGGGCAGUGGGGGUUGGAGUUAAACGCCUCUUUCCCCCUCCGCUGGUGCUUGAAUGGUGAGCAAGGUUUUUAAGGGAGUUGAAUAGAAAGGGCAGAGUGAGUUGGGAAGAAAGGAUAAGAAAUGUGUGGGAAGAAAGAAAGACUGACAGGGAGCAGCAGAUGAUAACGGCCUUGUGGCAAGUACGAGUUCAAAUUCAAGAUUGAGAAUAUGGAUGUUCAAAUAUAAUACUUUGCAGCUUUUGAAAGUUGCCACGAAAACUUUUGUUGUCAUUGUUCAUAUUAUUUUCAUCCUUUCCAUAGCUAAUAUGUGUGACAAAUUGAAGUGCUUGGACUUGCAGGAAAACAACCCCUUUUCAUUCACCUUUCUCUUUCCAGCACGUCUCAAACGAGUUAAGUUUUUAUCGUAAAGGUGGCGUGGCCCAUGUUCAUUUUCUCGGUCAUGAUUUGGUCUUUUUGUAAGAAUUAUAUGUAGUGAACCAUUUGCUCUCCUCCCUCCCCCCCCAUCAUUUUACAAUGUGUACAUACAUGGUUCUUUGUGUUGUGUUUGUGUGUAAUUUCAGUGCAUUCUUUGGGAGUACAAUAGUAUUUAUAGGGGCUUGUUUGCGGCCGUGUGAUAGGACAUGCAGUACAAACAUAUGGGUCAUUUUUAGGGGCAAAAACAUUUGGGAAAAGGUUAGUUAUGAAUGAAACUUUUAGCAAUGGGUUGCUUGAUUGCUGUCCUGGUUAUUUAUCGAAUACUCCUGGAUUGAAUGCUGGUUUGAUUGAAAAUGAGAGUUGAGACUUGUAGAGGUGAACGCUUUGUGCGCAGGGUAUGCAAUGUGAGACAGCGGUUGGAUUUGAAGUGAUUUGUGGAAGAUUGAUCAGUGUGGGUGGAAGUUCUUUGGUCUGUUGAGUGCUCAAAGGUUUUCAGCAGUGGGAGAUUGCAUCGAGUGUAAACUUUCCAGCUCAGUGAAUGAGAGCAGAGAAUGAUUACAGAAGACCAUUUAUUACAUCCACACUGCUUCCUCAAAAUAACCUGUUCAAAGUGAGGGUAGUCUGCAUUACCAUUAGCCCUUUCAACUAAACAAAUUUCACCUCUCAUAAGUACAGUUGAAGAGAUCAGUUUUCAAUCAAGCAAUCCGUGCAAUUCGCUUCUCAAACAGUUCAUCAGAGCGCUUUGGAACUUUGUAAAUCACAAUAAAUUUAUUAUUGGCAUUGUUUCUUGACUAAAAAUUUGAAUUUCUGCAAUGUUACUGUCAACCAACAGGAAAAGACAAAAACAAACAAAAUGAAUUUGAAUGUAACAUUACUGUUUGUGUUGGUAUAGGUGUGACCGUUAAAAUUUCAUUGUUCAAUGAGACAGUUUUCUAAAAUAAAAAAAAUUAAAUGGUCUUCAAAUGAAG